AGCCCAUCGAAAAAUCUCCCGAGCCCCGCCAGCGUAUAUUCCUCGGCCUCCGCGACGACCUAAAAAAGAAGCACCCCGAAUCCCAAAACAAACCCAUCAGUCCCGCGAGCAACAAAACAUAUCUCUCUCUCUCUCUCUCUCUCUUUCUUUCUCUCGCAAAAUUUCCUUGACCUCCAACAAUCCUCAACCGCAGCUGUAUCCUAACGGAAACGCUCAACAAGUCGCCCGUGGGGUCGAGGAUGUGGCAACGCCGCGGCUCGGCAUUUUUCGAACGCGCGACGCCGCGGCAGCGUCUCUUCUCUCUCUUUCUACUCGCGUAUGGUGUAAGCGAGUGCGAGAAGGACGGAGGCAAGAACGCUACGAGCUGCGGCAGCGCCAUAUUACACGUUUACUCGGCUCGGGCUCUGCCAUUGUGUCCAGCGAAGCCGUCGAGUGCGAGUCGCUCGCGCGAGAGGAUGGCGUCUACGAAAACGACGACAAGCGCGGAAGAGGAGCUGGACCGUCGAAGAGCCGAGGAAUACCAGAUGCAGUUGUUCGGACUGCACUCCAGGACCGUUUUUGCUUUGAUAAAACAGAAGAUAAAUGAAAAUGUGGAAACUCGCUGCAAGAAGAUUUAUUCCUCUAUUGAAAAAAAGUACAAACCAGAUGCUAAAGGCACGGAAACUCUCAAAAACAAUAUAAGACAUCUAAGAAGGGCAUAUCAGCGUAAUAUGCAGCCUCAUUUAACAGCAAUAGAGAGUGUUGUCAACAAAUUCAUUUCUGUACCAAAUAAUGUAUUAUUAGAAGAAGACAAAGGUCAAGCAAAGCAAUACACUGAUGACGAAUUUCAAAACUUGGAAAGGAGAUUAGAAAAUCUUCAACAGCAAGCUCAAAGGGUUACUGUAUUCAAUGCUGCAUUAAAAGAAGAAUUAGAAAAUACAGAAAAUAUUAAAGAAUCCGAAGAGGCAGCAAGAACCCUAUGUAAAAUCAUUGAUAAAGGAUUAUCAGCAAAAAAAUUAAGCAGCAAAACCACCCGUGCAAUAGAACAUCGCAAAGGGCUUUUUGAAUCAUUGGAUUCACUGAAACCACAAACAGAUAAAGACAUUUAUAAUCCAAGACUGAAAGAAAGUGAUUGUGAUCAAAUAAUUUUAUGACACACAAUAAACGCAUAAGAAUGAUUUUAAAAAUACAAAACACAAACUAUUGUAAUUUAUAAAUAUUCAUUGAUAUUUUUAUACCAUUUGUUAAUAAAAUUACUGGGGAAUGUUUUCCAACCAGUGCAAACAA